CGCACAUACUAUUCCUGCAACAUAAAAUAUUUAGCGAACGAACGAACUGAGCAGUUAGAAGGAAGUAAAGGAAAAUCUUGUGCAUUGUCGGAAGAAGGAAUUAUUACCGAGCCUUUCCGAUGUGACUGUAUUAAGCAAUCAACGCACGCAAUCACACAUUGGCGUACAUAUUAACAUUCGUACCCGUUAAUCCGUCCAUUCCUUUUACCCGUGAAGUAUUUUACCGUGAACACGAAUGCAAUUUCAUACUAUAUGUCGGAUUAUUUGAAUGUGGGUAUAGUAGACAUUGAAUUUGCGGCAUCGCAACGUGUUGCCUAGUACAUAAAAUAAAGGAAAAGAAUAAAAGUGUAAGUGUACACGAAAGGAGAGGGAAGAAAAAAGAGAGGGAGACAUUGUGGCGAUUCGUAGUUACUGACAAUCGAGUGCGCUGUUGUGUCGUAAUAAUGAGUAUGGAUGAAUACGAGAGUUUGCCGAACACCUCUGUAGCUGUGAACAUGACGGCCGGUGCCGUGGCUGGGAUUAUGGAGCAUUGUGUCAUGUAUCCUUUCGACAGUGUCAAGACAAGGAUGCAGGCACUAACACCUGGUCCAGGAGGAGGAGGAGUAGGAAAAGUAUUAUACAAAAUGAUACGACAAGAAGGUGUAUUAAGGCCAAUUAGAGGUGUAAAUGCAGUAAUUUUUGGAGCUGGACCUGCACAUGCUUUAUAUUUUUCUUGUUACGAGAGUCUUAAAGACAAGUUCAAAAGUGCGAGACCUCCAAUCAAUCAUUUUGUUUAUGGAGCUGCUGGUUGUGUAGCAACAAUUUUGCAUGAUGGCGUAAUGAAUCCAGCAGAAGUAGUCAAGCAGCGGUUGCAGAUGUAUAACUCCCCUUAUAGAGGGGUAUUAAAUUGUAUACAGAAGGUAUACCAAAAAGAAGGGAUAUCUGCAUUUUACAGAAGCUACACUACUCAGCUGGCCAUGAAUGUGCCUUUCCAAACUAUUCAUUUUAUUUCUUAUGAAUUCGCACAGUCCAUUACUAAUCCAGAUCGUAUCUAUAAUCCAAAAGCACAUAUCCAAUCUGGCGCAGCGGCGGGUGCGAUUGCAGCUGCUGUAACAACUCCUCUGGAUGUUUGUAAGACAGUGCUAAAUACACAACAAGAUGGCGCUAAAGCUCAAGGAAUGAUAGAUGCAUUUAGGCAGGUUUAUAUGCACGGCGGUAUAAAAGGAUACUUUCGUGGUUUAUGUGCUCGUGUUUUAUUCCAAGCACCAGCCACUGCCAUUUGUUGGAUGAUAUACGAAUCAUUCAAGUAUACAUUACAAGGCAAACAAGGCAAACAAGAUAAGGAACGCGACGGCACCGAUAUAGAUAAUGGCGCGAACGGAAUUAAUCAGAAUUCUCCAACACUUGCAUCAAGAUCUAAUAACUUUCAAGGCGCAGGUCUGUACUUCAACAAUCACACCUCGUCACCUGUAUUACUUAAAGUGACUACGAGUUAGGCAUGUGGAAAAUUACAUUAACGAUAAGCAGUGGUUUGAGAGAAAGAGAAUAAGUGAAGGGCAAGAAAACAUAGAAUUAUAUAGAAGAGGAAGAUAAUUAUAUAAAUUAUAUAGAAGAGAAGGAAAAGAAAAGAAAAGGUUAUCAUGUUUUCUACACUACGAAAGUUUAAUGACAAUGACUAGUAUUGUGUUUAUUUAUUAUACGGCAGCAUUUCUACAUGUGUAUAAAUUUCGAAAUAAAAAAAUUCGAUAAUUAUGGAAAAACAGUGCCGAACAGACAUCGAACGAGUCUUAUUAAAUAGGCAUAACAGAUAAUUUCUUGAAUAAUGAUUAUUACCGUAUUGCUUCAUAAGUAACAUUAAAUUUAUAUUCUGAAGCACAUGAUCCCUUAUAUUAUAAUUUAUAUCUGACUUUCACUGUUUGUUGGUUCUGAACUCUAAUGAAAAUGAUGUAUUUUAACAUGCAACACUGCAAAUACAAGAAGAAACUUUAUUUUAUCACGCUUUAUAUUUUUAAAAC